UCCCUUCCUGUUCCAAACCACGUGGACGCGCCUGGGGCUGCGGGGCUGCGGGAGGGAGCCCGGGCCGCCACUGCCGCUGUCGCCGUCGCCGCCGUCGUCGCGAUACCCGCGCCCGUCCAAAGUCGCCUCGCCCCGGCCGCCCGCGCCGUUGCAGAGGGCGUGCACAUGGCGACCCAGGCGCACUCCCUCAGCUACGCGGGCUGCAACUUCUUGCGCCAGCGUCUGGUCCUGUCUACUCUGAGCGGGCGCCCUGUCAAAAUCCGAAAGAUUCGGGCCAGAGACGACAACCCCGGCCUCCGAGAUUUUGAAGCCAGCUUCAUAAGGCUGUUGGACAAAAUAACUAAUGGUUCUCGAAUUGAAAUAAACCAAACAGGAACCACCUUAUAUUAUCAGCCUGGCCUCUUGUAUGGUGGGUCUGUGGAACAUGACUGCAGCAUCCUUCGCAGCAUUGGGUAUUAUCUGGAAAGUCUUCUCUGCCUGGCUCCAUUUAUGAAGCACCCGCUGAGAAUAGUUCUGCGAGGAGUGACCAAUGACCAGGUGGACCCUUCGGUUGAUGUUCUUAAGGCAACAGCGCUCCCUCUAUUGAAACAGUUUGGGAUUGAUGGUGAAUCGUUUGAGUUAAAGAUUGUGCGACGGGGAAUGCUCCCUGGAGGAGGAGGCGAAGUGUUUUUCUCAUGUCCUGUAAGGAAGGUCCUGAAGCCCAUUCAGCUCACAGAUCCAGGAAAGAUCAAACGUAUCAGAGGAAUGGCGUAUUCGGUACGCGUAUCACCUCAGAUGGCAAACAGGAUUGUGGAUUCUGCAAGGAGCAUCCUCAACAAGUUUAUACCCGAUAUCUAUAUUUACACAGACCACAUGAAAGGAGUCAACUCUGGGAGGUCUCCGGGCUUUGGACUGUGGCUGGUCGCUGAGACCACCAAUGGCACCUUCCUCAGCGCUGAACUUGUCUCCAACCACCAGGGCCAGGGGGCAGCGGUGCUUCCCGAGGACCUCGGCAGGAACUGUGCCAAGCUGCUCCUCGAAGAAAUCCAUAGGGGUGGAUGUGUGGACUCGACCAACCAAAGCCUGGCUCUGUUACUCAUGACCCUUGGACAGCAGGAUGUUUCCAAAGUCCUUCUCGGACCACUCUCUCCCUACACGAUAGAAUUUUUGCGGCAUUUGAAGAGCUUUUUCCAGAUUAUGUUUAAAAUUGAAACCAAGCCAUGUGGUGAAGAACUCAAGGGAGGGGAUAAAGUGCUGAUGACUUGUGUUGGCAUUGGCUUCUCCAACCUCAGCAAGACCCUCAAGUGACACUGUCACAAGAUGAAAGGCCCCAAGGCCUCUGGACACAGCAGAAGCUGCCAAGGAACCAAAGGGACCAAGUUCAUCCAGGACAGGAUGGCCUCUUAUAUUAAGGACUUAAAAAAUUUUCCAUUUGAAAACCAUCAGCAUAUCCGAAUAAAGAUGUUUCUCUA